AUGCCACGGGCCUGCUUUCAAGGCAGCUUUGCCCUUGUCCCUGACUAUGGUAGCAACUCGGAAAGCAGUAGCCCCACCACUUAUAACAGUGAUUUAGGAUCUUUGGGGAGCCCACAGCUGGGCUCAGAUGUUUUCUCUAUCUCUUCAGCCAAUGACAGCAGCGAACAUGAAACAUUCCAGGACCCUGUACAAGACGCUCCUAGUAGCUGCCCACCUGAGGGAGAUUUUAACCCCCAGCUUGCUCUACCUGAUCAGAGACACUCCCAAAGGUCCCCCUUUUCCCAGUGUCCUCUGAAUGCUACCACAUUUCUAACAGAAAGUGAUCAGUUUAUGUUAGAGACAAAUAACUCAACACCAGGUGCUGUAAAGCCAGAUGCUCAGGAACCAACUCAGCAGAUUGACAUCAAAGUCUGGAUGAAAACACUGCAGUAUUUCCCAGGGGUGCCUGUACAUCACCCCUUCCUCCAUAGCGUAUUACAUGAAAAGAAUGCCAGCCAGAACAAGCAACAGAAAGCCCAACCUAUACCGUCCCGUAGAUUGAGCAUGGUAUCCAGUACUAUCGAAGAGAACUUCUUCCGGGGGACCUUGGAUUUCCUUAUGGAUUAUGUAUCCUCCCAGUACUACCCCCCAGAAAAGAUCAUGCAAGAUGUGGUCAGACAGAUUUUGCUGAACUCAGAAGUACAAGAGAUACAGAGAGAUGCCUACAUGCUGCUGAUGAAAAUCCAGGCACUUCACCCAGCGAAAGACGAUACAGUGGUCUGGGACUGGGACCUGCUAUGUGAGGUGAUGAAAGCACAGGAAGAGAAGUUUCCCGGAAGGCUCCUGUUCUUGAAUUACGUCAUCCAGACUUUGGAGGAUGACUUCCAGACCACAGCCAGAAAAGGCAUUCUGCACAGAUCCAUCGCCAAGAAAAUGCUUUCCUUUGACCAGUGCUUCAGCAACGUAAAGGAACUGAUCAACUGGCUACUAGCUGCAGUCACUGGAACAAGAUCUUCCCAGCACAGAGAGAGGCAAGAAGCAGGUCCUUUGUCAGAAACAACAGUGGGCAAGAACAGCAUUUCUAUUCCAGAAUGUCAUUUAGCUGAAACUGCGCAAACAGAAGGUCUCUCUCGACAGUUUCAGUCUCAGAGGGAGGUGGUGCUUCUCCAGAGGAUGCUUUCUAUUGCUGUAGAAGUGGACAAGUCUCCAAAUUGCAGUGCCAAUAAGAUUGCAGAUAUGGUAUUUUCAUCAGUGCUGAAUAUUCCCAAGCGCUGCCAGAGGGAAGCUUUCCUAAGCAGUAUGGAAUGCCAUCUUCUGCGCUGUAAAGUGCUGGAGCUCAUUUUUCACCACAGCUGUAACAACAAAGUUAUCAAUCUGCCCAUGUCUAUGGCAAAAAUCUUGUGUUUUCUGACAUGCAUUUAUCUGCCAAUAAAAUACCAGGACAAUGAAGCAACAUGGCAGAGAUGGGAUGAAAUGCUUCACCAGCUGAAUUUACUGGUGCUGAGUUAUCACAGAAUAAUCUUAGGGCACUUAAGGAGCUCAGUGUGUGAACGGAUCAAUUUGAUUAUCAAAGCUGCCAAACCUAAACUACAGUCACAUGAUUCCCUCACCAUCUCAGAUGCAGAUUACAGUAUAAAUAGUUUCCAGAAGCAGCUUCUGCAAACUCUGGGUCAACCACUACCCUCACCCAUCAAAGAAAAGAUUGAACUACUCAGAGUAUUGUUUCAUACCACUACAGAUAUUUACAGAACUUUUGAGCACUUAGAUGGACCUCUUGGGAGUGGAAGUAGUUGA